AUGCAGCAAACAACGACGUGGGCUGACCAGACUUCCGCUUUCGUCUGGGAUCGUCCAACGGCGCCGGAGAACUGGGAGAACACGUCAUUCAUUGAUGGAGAGACUAAGGGCAACACCACUGGUCAAAGGCUUCUUGAGGCUUUCUUGGACAUCCCCGAACACUCCUCAAGGUCUAACUACGAGCUUUCCGUCUUCAAUCAGAUAUUCGACUCGGACCGACUUGAAAAGAUCAGCGACGGAGAUUAUGAAGACACAAAAGGGUUGACAGUUUGGAUUCAUGACAGAAACAUUAUAACGGGCGAGACUCGCCCGUAUAAUGGUCCAAUUGUAACACAGAAGUUUGACGAGGUGCUGAAGCGAGAGCGUUUGUCGGACCCGAAACUGACCGAUGUUCAUAUAAGACGCAUGUAUUUGCCCAACCCAUAUCCAUCGACACUAGGAGUAUUGGCUUUGAGCUCCUCACAGCAACACCGUGUUAUGAUCAGAGAGAUGAUCUACAAACAUCUCAAAGGGGAUACUUCCCUAUCUGUCGAGUUUGGUCUUGCCGGAAGGAGUUUCACUUUCGAGUCCCACAUCCCAUUCUUUGUGCUCAAGACAAGUACAGCCGACAAAAAGGAUAAUCGAAUGACUUCUAAAAGCAAGCAAAUCCGAAAAACUCAUGACCUCUCUUUCCUCUCAAGGUCCCGUAAUGGGCUCGAUACCGAUACAGCAGCAGCUGCUCUACAUGAGUGCCACACCUCAAUGGUCAUAACUGGAUGGAACCUGAACUUCUGGACAGCAUGGUGCUUGAAUGAUACAUACUACUACGACGAUGAUGAAAAUGAUUGCUGCAAUGAGGACAUGCUACUGUACUACGUCAAGCCGGACCAAAACGACGAUGACGACGACGACGACUCUGGCCACGACUUGGAUCCGUUGAGCAUUGGAAAUCUAUCCGCAAAUGGCACAUCUCCAGAAGAUCCACGAGAAUACUUCUUGCUUAUUCUGAAGUUUAGGAUGCAAAAGUACAAAGAAGAGUGGGCCAACAUCCUUCACUAUGUGAAUGACAGUGUCUCUAAUGUAGACGCCAAACAUGCAUUCAAAGGGUAG